AUGUAUGCUCCAAGGCUUUGUGCCUACGACAAACAGUCGGUGGUCUGUGGAUGGCUGUGUGAGACAGCCAUCCUUGUCGCUCCUGGGACCCCUUUCAGAUAUGACGUCGAGGUGGAUAUCAUGUUUAUCAGUUCUUUCCGUUCGGGUGAGGCCCCAGUUCACAUUGUCGCUCGGAGAAGUCUGGAAAGCUAUCCAUAA